AUGAAGUUCCUGAAACGAAACAAGCCUCCAAACGAGGACGAACAUCAUGUUGUUCAUGAUGCGAGAGCUACUGCAGAGGAAGAGGCUGCCAUUGACUACCCUCAUGGCAUGAAGCUCGCCCUUAUCAUGACCUCUGCUUAUCUGAGCAUGUUUUUAGUUGCCCUGGAUCGACUAAUCGUCUCGACCGCCAUCCCAAAAAUCACAGACGAGUUCCGCGCCGUCGCCGAUGUCGGCUGGUAUGCAUCCGCAUACUUCAUGACAACAUGCGCAUUUCAGCUCAUGUUCGGCCGACUAUACACAUUUUUCAGCGUCAAGAUCAUCUUUCUCAUCAGCAUCUUGAUCUUUGAAGUUGGCUCAGCUGUCUGUGGCGCGGCGCCAUCUUCUACGGCGCUCAUUGUCGGUCGCGCAAUUGCUGGCGUUGGGAGUGCUGGGAUCUAUGCUGGCGCUGUCAUCGUCACGGUGUACUGCAUCCCACUGGAGAAGAGAACGCCAUAUCAGGCUGUUGUCGCGGCGAUCUUUGGCGUCACCAGCGUGUUAGGCCCUCUGCUUGGAGGUGCCUUUACUGACUCCAGCGCGACGUGGAGAUGGUGCUUCUAUAUCAACUUACCCAUCGGAGCUGUUGCUGCCGCCCUCCUCGCGUUUCUGCUCCAAGUGCCCGAUCGCGCAACUGCUCGGCUUCCCCUCAAAGAAAAGCUCCUUCGUCUCGAUGGCCCAGGAUGUGUUAUGCUUCUCGGCGGUAUCAUUAGCCUCCUCACUGCUCUUCGAUGGGGAGGCACAAAGUACCCCUGGUCCAACGGUCGCAUCAUCGCACUCUUCGUUGUUACUGGCGUCUGCCUUAUUGCCUUUGUGGUGAUCCAGGUCCUGUUUCCAAACCAUGCGACUGUCCCGCCGCAUAUUUUCACUCAACGCAGUAUCGCGGCUUCAUCCUUCUCGAUGUUCUGUACUGGAGCUACGAUGAUGACAACGCUAUAUUACCUUCCCAUCUGGUUCCAAGCUAUCAAGGGUGUCAGCGCUGUUCAAUCAGGUAUUCGCCUUCUGCCCACUGUCGUCGCUCAAGUCAUCGCGUCGUUCGUCAGUGCCGGCGGUGUGCAAACUAUCGGACAAUACAUGCCCUUCAUGCUUGUUGGCAAUGCCAUCAUGUGUGUCGGUACAGGUCUUCUUACUCUACUCAAAGUGCAUACGAGCAGUGGAGAGUGGAUCGGCUACCAGAUACCAUACGGCUUCGGUUUAGGCAUCACUCUUCAAAUCCCUCUGAUUGCAUCACAGACUGUACUGCCCUUGGAAGACGUCCCAACAGGUACGUCAGUUCUGAUCUUCUGUCAACUCUUGGGGGGUGCCAUCUUUGUCAGCGUUGGACAAAACCUCUUCACGAAUGAACUGGUGAAAAGGAUUAGUGUUAUUCCUGGCGUUGAUGUAUUCAAUCUUCAACAAGAGGGAGCUACAAGAAUUCUGGAGGGUUUGAGCGAAACCACCAAACGGCUUGUUCUUGUAGCUUAUAACGCUUCUUUACGGCAGGCUUUCCUUUGUGGGCUCAUUCUGUCCUGUAUAGGCUAUCUAGGGGCUGUUUGCAUGGAGUGGAGGAGCAUCAAGCAGAACAAGCCGAAAGACGAAGCGCCAGGGACCGAGAGCACAGAGACAAAGGAGACAACAGGGGAACCAGUUGCCGUGAACGCGAACACAAAUGGCAACAGUAGAGCAUAA